AAAUAAUGAAAUUUUGGCAACACUGUUUCUGCCCGCUUAAUGGAUGCUGAAAAAACAAAUAACUUCUGUAUAUUACGUUAAACAACAAAUAACAAUGUACGGAGUAACGCAAUUCAUGGAGAAUGGGAGAUUGCAGGUGCUGGCAGUACCCAUGAGCUGGGUACGAAAAGGUUUCCUCCAUUGGCCCAAAGGCUUGAGCAACGAGAAAAUCGACAAGUUGCGGAAAGAAGGAACGGAAUUCCAUGGUGCGACAAAACCCAUACCAGUGAUGGUAAUGAAAAAGUUCCGGAGUUUCCAGGCAGCAGAGACUUCAGUCGAGGAGCUCGCCAAGAAGGAUGUAUCCGAUUUUGAGGGAAAGAAGAAGCAACUUAAAUCUCUUAAGGAGAAAAAAAUAAAGCAGAAUCAUAAUGAUUACAACAAGCUUUGUGCAGCUAUAAUGAAUGGAAAAGAACAAGCUCAAAGCUCCAGAGCAUUACCAACAUACACGGUACCAGCUGUCUCAAAAUCCAGUCUGCAUCCUCUGGUAGAACCAAUGCUUUUGUGUCCAGACUCUUUGCCUGGUCCGUCGUCACUAGUAGCUCCGUCGACUUCAGUUGCAGCUGUUCAAAGUCAAGCGUUUGAUACAGAGGUCAACCGGACAAUAAAUUUGCAACAUGAGAAAAAUACAGUGACGUGCAUUUCUGGACAGAUCCAAGUUGAGAAUUUGGAUGUUAUUAGCACCUUACCAGAUUCUUUUGACCAUCAAAACGAAGUCCGUCCAUUAUCAGAAGCGUAUUCAAACGACAUGAAUAAUACAGCUAAUGAUGCAGGACAAAUGGACAACGUGACCGAUCUGGACGCAUUAAUAAAGAAAAAUAUCGUUGAUGCUGUUAAUGCAAUUGUUCCUAUCGCCAUUCAGAACUACCUUGAUCAACAUAUCGACAAAGUUAUUGAUCGUUCAGUAUCUGCUGCUGUCGAUAGGUGUUUUGCGUCCAAUUUUGCUCGUCUUACUGCUAUGACAGGAGUGCUGAAUAAAUCUAAUGCUGGAGAGGAUGUUACGGCAGAGACGCACUCAUUAAUCGACACCGAGGAACAAUUGGUUGAUUGGAACACUGAUUUAUCAAACGAUGUCGUACGGAAGAAAUAUAUGGAGUAUUUUUCAAAAAUUAUUAUUCCUAACUCUUUUACUGAGAAAGGGGAUAAUGCAUUUUACAUCGUCGCAGAUUGUCUUUUCACAAGACGAUUCUGGAACCGUUUUACAUGGACAGGCGUUAAUAGAGGUGAAAAGUCCAAACAUGGUUUCCGUGAAUUCGGUAACGUUACGCAGCUUCUUCUGACCAUCGUCCAGAUUGGAGAUCCUUCAUACACAAGACAGCAACUUGAGAAGUUUUGCAAAACCCGUUUGUUCAGGCACGCCAAAUCAAGAUCUAGCAACAAAAUGCUGCGGAAGUCAUCCUGUCGAACCAAGCGAGGUGCUAAAGGAAAAAGGAUUAAGCACGAACAUUCUUCCGAAGCUGAAAGUGCAGACAACGCUGGUCCCGGUGAUACUGACGUUGAUGAUCUGGAUGUAGAUAAUCUUGAGAACAUUUCGACAUUUGAGCAAUCGUCUGAUGACGAAGGGGGUGAAGAACAAUCGUUAUCAAGCAGCAUUGACUCGUAAUGGAGCGUAUUGAUUUUGUGGUUUUGACAGCUAAAUCAAAUGACCUUUUUAUUAUUUGAAUAUAUCGAAUCAAUUUAUUAAUAAAACUUUAAGUAUAACUCGUAACAUUAA